AUGCAGAGCUCCCAAGCCCGCACUGUUUUGACCGUCCCAUUGGUAGUCAUAGCACGUCCCAUCGUACCAUUCUACGGCACUAGUGCCAAUGGCUUCACCGCGCCGCCCCGCGGCUGGAACAGCUUUGGGCUUCAGGCCCUUGGAACCAACAGCCUAGCUCUCAACCAGAUGAACGUACAGACACAAUGCGACUUACUCAAUGCCACUGCUGGAUACACUUUGUGUAGCAUCGAUUCUGGCUGGUCGGGAAACGGUGGCGAUCCAUUUGGUCGACUUGUGCCAGAUCCUUCUUCGUUCCCAGACCUUGCCGGUCUCGCAGAUGAACUUCAUGCUCAGGGAAAGUUGUUGGGCGUAUACAUUUUGCCAGGUGCAUUUUCUUCUGAUGCCGAUGUGACCGUCGAGGGUACAGACAUUCAACUUGGUACCCUUUUCGAUACAAGUCAGCCCAGCUACAAUCUUCGGCAAACAUUUGACUUCAGCAAGGACGGAGUACAGCAAUGGCACAAUUCAGUGAUUAACAAUUUUGCGGCAAUAGGUGUCGACAUGAUUAAGAUGGAUUACAUGACUCCUGGUAGUCCUGAUGCAGGUGAAAGUCUUCCAGCGAACAAUUCUCUGGCCGCUGUAGCAUAUCACAAUGCCAUCGCUCAGUCCGGACGGCAAAUGCCCCUCGACCUUUCUUGGAAACUGGAUCGAGAUAACUUAGGCGACUGGUUGACUUGGAAAAAUAACGCUGAUUCUUUACGAACGGAUCAGGAUAUCAACAACUCCGGACAACCAACACUGGUCUCCUUUGCAACAGUGCAGCGAGCAAUUGAAAACUACCGCAUCUUCAUCAAUCAACAGGAAGAAGAUCCUACUCGUCAAGGCCUCCCCAUCAAAAUCCAUCCUGAUAUGGAUAACAUGUAUACUGGAAACGCCGCUGCUCUUACCGGCGUGUCCGACGUCGAGCGGUAUACGAUAGCUAUUCAUUGGGUCGGAGCAGGAGCUAACCUGAUCACUGGGUCUGACCUCACCCAGAUCGAUACAUUAGGCCAAGAGCUGCUAUAUGACCCCGAGCUCUUGUCCAUAGCUGACUUCACCGCGAACUUCCCAAUGCAGCCCAAAAAUCCAAUAGGCAGCUCCAUUCCUGGCUCUCAAGCAUCAGUACAGCUGCAAGCAUGGAUUGCAGGCCCAAACAACGAUAAUCAGAAUGCAGUAGUCGUACUUGCGAACUAUGGUCCCGAUCAAGGUCAAGGAGGAUUUGGGACUAGCUUGGAAGGCACUCAAUUGGUGAACAUCUCGUUGGCUGAUUUGGGCAUUGCGGCUGGACAGCCAAAUGGUGCAACUGCGUGGAGUGUUAGGAGGGUUUUGGGGGGUGGGGGUCAAGGGGGACCGGAUCACACAGAUUUGGGAACUACGAGUACUUUCAUCGCUUCAGAGCUUGGUCCUGGGGAGAGCGUUCUGUAUAAAUUCGCUGCUAUGAAUUGA